AUGAUCGAGGUGGUGGCUUCCAUGGCUCGAGGUCCCGUCUUUCUGGCCGGGGAGCUCAUGGAAUGUCUCAUCACUUUCAGGAAUCCCAUGUCGCACCUUUCCACUUCUGCCAGCAGUGAGAUGUUGGCGUGGGCCAGUGCUCAGAUCCACUGUCAGUUUCAUGCCAGCGAGAGUAAAGUCAAUCUGCCUAACCGGGUCAACAAGCAAGAUGUCCAGGCGGACAGUGACACCGUUCUCAUUCCCAACAGAGGUGAACGAGGUCAAUGCGUCCUGGACACGCCGCCGAAGAUUCUGUUCUGCGAUCUGUGUCUAGAUCCUGGAGAGAGUAAAACCUAUUCGUACAGCGAGUACGUACCCGUCGACGGUCCUCCCAGUUUCCGCGGGCAGUCCGUCAAGUAUGUUUACAAACUGACCAUCGGCUGUCAGAGGGUCAACUCUCCCAUCAAACUUUUAAGAGUUCCCUUCAGAGUUUUGGUUCUGCAGGGUAUGCCAGAACCCUCGUUUCCUCAGGAUGAGGAAGUUUCCCCCUCUAACCCGUUCCUUGAGGAAGAGGAAGCCAGUCGGCGGGAUGCGCGGCCUUUGGAGAGGGCGCUCGACAUGCUAAUGAUCUCCACAUCCAGACGUUGCCCCCACAUGUUCAACAUCACCAAUGUGCGAGGAAAAGUGGCAAAGUUCUGCAUUUUCAAGACCCUCUACAGACUCGGAGAGGACAUCAUCGGCACGUUUAAUUUCUCUGAAGGCGACAUUCCCUGUUUGCAGUAUUCAGUGAGCCUCCAGAGCGAGGAGGAGAUCGCGCAGGAGUAUCAGCGGCGCCCCGGCCAGCCUCUCGCCGUGACCGGACACGGACGUCAUUUGGAAUCCUGCUUGCACACGGCGUCCAGUCACUUCUCACUCCCCGUUCCCCUCAACGUCACGCCGGGCUUCGGCACAGAUGUCGUAACACUGCGCUGGCGCCUGCACUUUGAAUUCGUCACUGCACGGGAGCCCGCCGAGCCCCCCGUGGUGUUUCAGAACGAGUCCAAGGCGACAGUGUGGUCCGGUGCCGAGCAUGUGGAAGUGGACACUUUUAGCUGGGACCUGCCCAUCAAGAUCUUGCCUACCAACCCGGCUUUGGCGUCCUACGAGUCCCAGUUCACUGGGACGAACCGGAUCAACAUUUAA